UCUCGUCCGAUCAGCAGCAAGAUCAGCAGCAAGAUCAGCCGAUCGACACCACAACGAUCAAACACAUCGCUCUCGGCAGCAGACUCGACUCCCCUUUCCCGAUCGAACGUGCCAUCGCCGCCAUGUCGACGAAGCUGGAAACAUGGGGCAAUGAGGAGAGCAUGAACAUGAACAACAUCCUCUUCCAAAAUAUCAUUUCGUCGCCGUAUUUCAAGUCUUUGUACGAGAAAAAGACCUAUCACGAAGUCCUGCACGAGAUCUGCAACCAUGUUCAGUCUCUCGAGCCGUUCAUGCGAGGCACGGUGGCCAGCACGGCGUUCUGCUUGCUCUACAAGAUGUGGACGCUUCGACUGACGAUCAAACAGAUCGAAGGCAUGAUCAACUACUCGGGCAACGCACACGUUCGGGCAGUUGGAUUCAUGUACCUUCGUUACGUCUGCAAGCCUGCCAACUUUAUGGACUGGUUUGCAGAUUACCUGGAGGAUGACGAGAUGGUGCAAAUCCAAGGUGGCGUUGCUCCUCGCAGCAUCACCAUUGGACGGCUCAUUUUCAUGCUCCUGACAGAGCCCAAAUGGCUCGGCACCAUUCUCCCGCGCAUUCCCGUCCCCAUCGCGCGCGACAUCGACAAGUAUCUGAAGGACAACCCCCCGAGGCGAAGCGCCAAGGACGAGAUGGAUGUUGAUCGCGGACGCGACCAGGGUCCUGCUUCGACACGCAGCCGAAGCCGCAGCCCCGAAGACCGGCGAAGACGGAGCCGCUCACGCGAAGACCGGCGACGACGAAGUCAUUCCCGCGAAGACCGACGGCGGGGCGGGUAUCGAGACUCGAGUCGCAGUCGCAGUCGCAGCCGGGAUCGGCGAAGACGGAGCCGCUCACGCGAAGACCGACGGCGACGAAGCCGGUCCCGCGAAGACCGACGAAGAAGGCGCAGCUACAGCCGUGAGGACCGACGGCGCCAGAGAUGAUACGGACAAAGAGAUCGUUGCCGGGGCAAAGAUGCACGAUCAGGAUGGGCAGCGCUUUCUGAGCAACCAAGCCCAUCUCCAUUGCGCAAUCCCAAGAUCCAAUAUUGAUGAAUGAUGUCACCCGAUGGCCGUUUGUUGCCCCUCCCAUCGAUCAUGUCUGGGUUCUGGG